UGUGGUUGUAAUGGCGGAAUGUGAAUUUUUUGUGUAGCGUCAGGGGAGGGUUUGUAGAUGUUUAGUUGAUUGUUUGUUUUUAGUAUCUGUGGGUAACGGUGGCAGCUGUCUGUAGAGUGUCUUAUUAAUGAUAGGUAUAUGCUGUGUCGCAACAUGUUUAAUACUGGUCUGGAUAAACUAAACGCCUGUACCCACAUUAGAUCUUAACCUUAACGUACUGUCCUUUCUGUAAUUCUCAGUGGCAGCGUGGUUACAUUUUAGUAGUGUGUUUGUAACGUGGUUCAGAAUUAAAUGUUGUUUUGUGUUGUACGCUGUGUGUGUAUGAAGAAUAAAAGAUCUUGAAAUUCCCUGUAUUGGAAACAUGGAUCCGUCGUACAAUCAACGAUUGGCGGGACCAGAAAAUCAGUUCCUUCUAAAUGAUGUUGUUCCAGGGAAUGGAAUGACGGCUAGGGGGUCACGGAAGUUACCUAGAGCAGAAGGUUAUGAAAAGCAGCCACUGUUUGAAAGAGCGGGUAGUGCCGAGCCUGUACGGUUGACUCCUGCGUGGGAAGAGAUAAAUCUGCCCAACGAUGAGCUUAACUUCAAGGGUGUCACAAUGGAAAGAGCAGAUCUUGAGAUGAAUCCACCAAUAGACAGAUUAAAGCUGGUAUACCUAACGUUUGUUCUCCAUGGAGUGGGGACACUUAUGCCAUGGAAUAUGUUCAUCAAUGCUAAAUCUUAUUUUGUGGACUACAAAUUAGGAAAGGCAUACCUUGGAACUGAAUCUGUGUAUGCUUCUAAUUUUUUGGCAUAUGUUGGUUUUGCUGCACAGGUUCCUAAUUUGCUAUUCAAUUGGUUAAACAUCUUUAUCACAAUACGAGGCAACUUGACAACACGUAUUGUGUGGAGUAUUUUUGUCGAAGUUCUUGUUUUCAUUGUCACAGUAAUUUUUGCCAUGUCAGAUACAUCAUCAUGGCCAGGACCAUUUUUCUUUGUGACAAUGGCCACCAUUGUGUUGCUGAAUAUGGCUGGUGGCAUUUACCAGAACACUGUUUAUGGAAUGGCAGCUAAAUUACCUUUUAAAUAUACAGGGGCUGUUAUUUUGGGAGCUAACAUCAGUGGUGCAAUUUCAUCAAUCAUCAACAUAAUGUCAUUGGCGAUGGCACCAAAUGUGAGGACAGCUGCCAUUUAUUACUUUAUUACAGCCCUCUUCAUUUUGUUGGCAUGUUUUGAUACCUACUUCGCCCUUCCUUUGAAUAGAUUUUAUCGUUACCAUGAGCUUCUAGCUCAAAAAGAACAACAAAGCAAGGAGUGUCAGGCUGUUGGCAGAGCAUCACCACAUGUGCCCUACUUUCAGAUUUUCAAACAGUGUUUCCCACAGCUUUUCAACGUGUUUUUCGUUUUCUUUGUGACGUUGUCUGUUUUUCCAGCUGUUCAUUCAGAUAUCAAACAGAGUGAUCCAGAUUUUAUCAUCAGUGAGAAGUACUUCACUGAGGUUACGUGUUUCUUAACAUUCAACGUUUGUGCUAUGCUUGGAAGCUUGUUGUCAGCUGUUUUCACAUGGCCCAAGCCUAAGCAUUUAAUUUUUCCUGUGGUACUGAGAGUUUUAUUUAUUCCAUUCUUUAUGGUGUGCAAGUACGAACCUCAGAAUAGAAUUCGCCAGUUUCCAGUAUUCAUCCAUAAUGAUUGGGUGUAUUGGGUAGCAAGCAUGCUGCUUGGUAUUUCCAGUGGGCAUCUCAGUGCACUUGCUAUGAUGUACUGCCCAAGGUGUGUGGAGCCACAGUAUGCGUCAACAGCUGGUAUGUUUGGUGCAGCUGUGCUGAUAACUGGAAUUUUCUCUGGUAUCAUUUUUACACUUGCCUUACCAGAGUUCGUUGUUGGAGUUCCUUGGAACUUAUGAAUAUUUAUUACUUUAAUACUGCCAGGAAUUUAAAUUGUGAGACAUUAUUAUUUUGAAAUAAAAGUCAAACUAAUGUCUGUUUUACUGUGUGAUUUUCUGUGAUGUGCUUAUUUUGAUUUUAUAAAUUUUUGUUAAUUUUAUCCAAUUUUGUAUAUCCAACCAAUCAGGGUAUGAUCUUAAUAUUAAAAGAAAGUGUUUCAAGACAGUUUUUAGUCCACUGUGACACUGCAGCACUGACUUUCAAAUUGUGUUCAGUCUGAUUAGACACAUUGGACUUAAAAAUAUUGUCUUUUUGUGCAUUUUCUAGUUAAUAAUUUGGGAUUAGAUUUAUUGUCAAUUAUGAUUUGUUGUUUAACAAAUUUACCAAAGUUCAACAUACAAAGAGAAAAACAAUCAUACUUUGUAUAUAAUCUUCAGUAUGUUGUUCACAUUUUUAUAUUUUUUCAUGAAGUACAAUGCUCUCUCUGAUACGCUUUCGAUUCAUAUCUAUCUCUAUCUCUGUGUCUUACUUUCAUUUUCUCUUUCAGCCAUAACAAAAUAUAUAAAUCUUUAUCAUAUUGUGGUUUAGAUAUCUUUUUAUUGAAACUGCAACAUAAAGAAAACUAAAGCAAUAUUAAGAACUUCACUUUGUACAUUGGGUAUAUCACAAGAAUAUUUAGACAUACAAUGCCAAACAUUAUCAGGCAUGUAUCAUAGUAAAAUAUAAACACAGUUAUAACAUAAAGAUGCAGCAAAACAUUAUUGUUGUGAAAUAUAGGAAAUCUGCAAUGUGAAAACUUAAAUCUUCAGAGAUUCCAAGCCUACACGAUUUCAGAAAACGAUAUGAUAGGAUAUCAAGAUCCGUUUCAUUGCAGUAGAUCUGUUGAGUUAUUUAUCCUGUGUUAAGAUUACAGUCAACUGGUGGAAUAUUAUUGGCAUACUUGAUCUAAAAUGCUAUCAGUAACAGUUGAUUGAGGAGAAUCCAUAAAACAGAAAUAUGUUAGUCUUCAAAACUUUGAAACCUUCAUAGCACUUAUGUGAAUUACUUCCAUACCAUCAUAUACUCCUGAAUGAUGAUCAACAGAUUUCUCAUAAAAAUGGCAAAUUUCUUUGUUUUAUAGAAACGUUUAUGUCAAAUUUUCGAAAUAUGUGAAAUGUAUGGGAUGUAUAUUGUUGGGUAUAGCAAAUGUCAGCUGAUGCUGUCAAACAGUAGCAGACCAUAUAUGUGGUGUAGCUUGCUUGAUGAUGAUGAUUCGCAAGUAUGGCUGGUUUUCAUCUUUGUGUUCAAUACUCAAUCCAGUUCCACUGUGGCAGAUUUUUUUGUUGGCCACUGAAGAGCCACAGAUAGGAUUCUUUGUAAGUCAUUACAUCAGUGCACCUCUAAAUAUUUCCUGCCUUUCAUUCUGUUCUGCCAGAUGCAUCUUAAUUCUACAAUUAUUUAAAACUUAAUAUGCAUCUGACAGUUGGAAGCCUUUAUUUUUUCAGUACUUCUUGAGAUAAGUAAUUUUCCUGCCUCAAGCUGGUUUUCAUUAUCAUGUGUACCCCACAUCAGGUUUUGUGGGCAUCAGAGACCUAUCUACCACCGUUUAUAUUAAACACAAAACUGAUUGCAGAUUAUCUCUUUGCUUACCCUUGGAAUACAUUUUGCCCACAUUGCCACAUUUGGCUUACCUUUUAUUCUAACUGAAAUAUAGUUUUCAACAAGUUUGCCUUUCACAUUUCUUAUUAAAAUCACCAUUCUGUAUCAGCUGCAUCAUAUUGUUGACUGGUAUUGGAGUACCUGACCUAAUAUGUCGCAAAGCAAAGCAAUGCAAUCCAAUCCAAUUCAGUGCAAAGACCUUUUUUAUGUGUGGGGGCAUAGCUGCAUUACAUUUCUUGAAAAACUUAUUGUCCUGCAUCCGGUUCCAUUUUGCCAGUGGCGUAAAGUGUUAUUUCAGAUAAAAAAUUGCCUGAUUCAGGAAAUUUGUUUAAGUUGUGAACAAGCAUUUUCAGCAUGACAUAAGUGAGAUGUAAACUGAAAAGUGGGGUAUAUUUUUGUACCUAAGCUAAGAAGGGUACGCAGCAUUUAAUGGUUAUUAAUCCUAUGAGCAUCAAUAAAAUCAAAGUUUCUUCAAUGUUGCAGUUUUGAUAAGAAAUAAUAUUUUAUGUAACUAAAAGCACUGUAUUAUCAUUGUAAACAAUUUUAUUUUGCAAACAUGACAAAUACCCAGUAAGCUGUCUUCCAUGUUUUCCGUCCUAAGAUGCUACAUCAGAUGCCUUAUCUGCAAUAAAACUGAGGUGGAUAUGGGCCAAAACAUGAAAAUGUUUGAAGUUUUCACAGUCUUGCUUACUGGGUUUCUGUUGGUUGCAGAAUUUUCUUCACAUUGAAUUUUCUACUUCCAUUUGUUCUUUUUGUAGUGAUACUCUUUUUAACAGUGAAGAUCAUGUUCAAAUACUCUUUAAUUUCUGUGUUAUAUUUUACAUAUCUAAUCAUGGCUAGCUAUGUAUUGACUGGACCAAAGAACAUUUUAAAACUGUAUAGUAAGUGAAUUUAUUGGUGCUCAAAUACUUUAAGUAGGUUUUAUAGAGAGGUCAGCUUAGUAUUGUUAUAUCUACAAGCUGUAGGGCAGUGCUACAGAUCACAGUAAGAGUAGUUCUUUUUUAUGACAUUGUGGAAACAUGUUUCAAAGAACUGAGUGUUUUGUAUAACAUAGUAAUGGGGUAGAAACUUAUAGUACAGAUACCUGUUGACAGGUUUGGUGAAUUUUACAAAUAAAUCUGUCUUGUUAUGGAUUUGAAA